AUGUCUAAUAGUGAAUUCAAAGCGCGUGCACUUUACGAUUUCGUUGCUGAAGGUCCAAAUGAACUAAGUUUCAAUGCAAAUGAUAUUCUUACAAUAACAUCGAGUACAGCUGGACAUGGAUGGUGGUAUGCAAAAAGUUCUUCUGGACAAGUUGGUGUUAUUCCAGAAAAUUAUGUUCAAGCUUUAGCUGAUCCACCAGAACCAAAUGAACCACCACCACCACCACCGCCAAUGUCAACAUUCGCAAAUUCAAAUAAUAAUUAUCCAACUCUUGAUGUAUUCAACAGCAAUAAUAACGUAGCGAAAUCAAGUUUUCCACCACCAUAUGAUCAACAUCAAUAUAUGAAUCCCAAUACAUAUAACAAUUGGCAAGCACCAGAACAACCAGCAUGGCAAGCACCAUCAUCGCCAUCCUAUCAGUUAAAUGAAGAGAAAUUAACUAAAUCUAUUCAACCAUUAAUAUUUCCUAUGGAAAUAAAGAUAAAUUCAACUAAUACUAGAACUAUAUCAGAUAAUUCACAUGAUGGAUAUAUAACAAUAGUAGAUAUAGAAUCCACUCCAGGUUUGAUUCCAAAUACGAAUUCAAAUUCUUUAUAUAAGAGAAAUUCAGCGAGUGAUCAAUCUGAAGAAUUGUAUGAGAUUAUUCCAAAAACACCGGGAUCUAUGUUAUCAAAUACAAAUUUCGAUCACAAAUUUUCAUUUGAUUUCCCAAAAACUUCAACAAUUCAGCAACAGACAACACCUUUUGAUGAUUAUUUAAUUCCAACAUCUAUUCAACAACAAACACCAGCAUAUAUUUCGAUAGAUAAUGAUCUAUCACGUUUAAAUCGUACUGAUACUACAAAUACAAUAACUCCGUCCGUAUCUGCUGAACCAUUAUCACUUAUAAAUAGUUAUGAUCCAACUUCGACGAAGUUACACAUUGCUACAUCAAUGCCUGAAAGUACAAUUGCUGCAUUGAAAAAGAAAAAAAAACGAAACUUUGCUGGAUUUUUAACUUUAUCACGAAAAUCAAAGAAUAUAAAUCCGGGAGAGACAACUGGUCAAGCAGGAAAAAGAGAUACGGAUUCUGAUGAUAGUUUUAGUGAUUCAGAAUAUCCUCCACAUUCAUCGAAUAAUCAAAAUGCACCAACUUUAAAAAGCAAUUCAGGAGCACCGCAAGAAAGUAGAACAUCACUUGCUGGUUUUGAAAAUACUAAAGCUCCUCCACGAGCACGAUUUUUUGAUAAACAUGGUUUAGAUAGUUAUUUAUUGAAUGGUACGAAAGGAAAAUCAUCUGAUGAACAUGUUGAAAUAACUUUUGAUGACCGGGAAGGUGGAGUUUGUUGGGCACCGAAUAUUACUAUACCACCAUUUACUUGUAAAAUUGAAGAACCAUCAAAAGGAACAAAAUUAGGUGGGUUGAAAGCGUUUAUGGAAUAUAAAAUACAAGCACAGACUCCUGGAAGUCGAAUUGUUGGCAGACGUUACAAACAAUUUGAUUGGUUACAUGAACAACUUGUUAAUAAAUUUCGUUUUAUUUGUAUUCCACCAUUGCCUGGUAAACAAAUAGCUGGACGAUUUGAACAAGAAUUUAUUGAAGAACGUCGACGACAACUUGAAUUAUGGCUUAAUCGUAUUUGUCGUCAUCCAGUCCUUUGUGCAUCAUUUUCUGUUCAACAUUUUGUUACAUGUGAACUUACUGAAAAGCAUAACAAAGAUUGGAAAGCAGGAAAACGAAGAAUUGAAAAAGAUGAUUUUCGUGAAGCAUCAUGGCUUCAAUGUGUUAGUUUAAAAAAUACAGGAUUAUCUGAUUCAAAUAUUGUAUCACAAAUUGAUACAUUUUCCCAACAACAGCCAGGUCUUGAAUCACAAUUGAAAAAUCUUAGUCAAGGUUUAACAAAAUAUGUUGAAAGACAUACUGAAGUGUAUGAACGUGAUAUUCAACGAAUUGGUGAGCUAUAUUCUAAAGUUCAUCAAGCUGUUCAACUCGAUACUAAAACCCCUGGUAAUAAAGAUCUUUCACAUUCAAUACAAGCAAUUAGUACAUCAUAUAAUGACAUAGCUGCAUUAUAUGGAGCGAAAGGAAUUAAAGGUCUUCGAGAUUUUAACGAACGCAUUCAAGAAUACAUAGGACUUCUUGCUUGUUUUCCAUCGAUAUUAAGUAUUCAACGAAGUGCAACAGAAUUUAUGAGAACGGUUCAACAACGUGGACAAACUGAUCUUGCAAAUGCUCUUCAUCGUAAUCUUGUUCUCAAUCAUGUUGUAUUAGCUGAAAUAAAUUAUUUUCAAAACGAAAAAGUUAAUGAUCUUAAUAACUAUUUGAAAACACUUGUUGAUGAACAAAUACAAUUUUAUGAAAACAUCGUUUCGGAGUUACGUACUUCAUCAGCAACAUUUAAAUAA